UACACAUUCUUCUAAUCGCGCUACAUAUAAAUUUUUGGAGCAAAGUUAAUUAUACACGUAAAAUUUUGUACAACGCAAAACGAUGCCUAUCCUCCAUUACUAAGCGGACUAUGGAAUCGUAUGUUAGGUUUUUUAAAAACUGUAUUUACUCGCACGAACAAAGCUUGAAAAAGAACAAAGGACGCAUUCCAAUAGGAUUUAAAGAUAGAUUAGUUGACAAUUGACGAAGUAUAUGUCGGACUAUUUAUAUUUAAGAAAUCUCGAAUGAAUAAUUAACGAUGAGAGUAUUGGAAUUAUAUAGUGGAAUUGGUGGAAUGCAUUACGCGUUUCAAGAGAGCGGCGUUAACGGUAGUGUUGUUGCAGCAGUUGAUAUAAAUACUAUCGCAAAUAACGUAUACAAGAAGAAUUUCCCAAAUGUUUUACUUAUAAAUGGUAAUGUUCAGUCAUUAUCAGCAAAACAGAUUAAUGACUUGAAUGUAGAUACUAUAUUGAUGAGCCCUCCGUGUCAACCUUAUACAAGGGUAGGACUUCAAAAAGACAUAUCGGACAACAGAUCGUCUUCGUUAUUUCAUGUUCUCUGUCUUAUACCUCAAAUAAAAGGGUUAAAAUAUAUAUUACUUGAGAAUGUUAAAGGGUUCGAAAAAUCUGAAAUGAGAAAUAUCGUGUUAAAAUGUAUCAAUGACUGUGGAUUUAAUCAUAAAGAAUUAAUCAUCAGCCCGUGUCAAUUUGGUAUUCCAAAUACUAGAUACAGAUAUUAUUUACUAGCUAAGAAACAAAAUCUUGAAUUUUGUUUGGAUAAUCUUACAUUAAAUUUUCAACUAUCAAAAGAUGCUUUAAAUUUUUUACCAAAAAGUAAGCACAGGUUGUUAGCAGAUAAAAAUUCUACGCAAAAUUUUGAUGCGGAUAAAAUGUGUUAUAAAAUAGAGAACAUUUUGGAAAAUGUCGAGGAGACACAGUAUCUAAUACCAAAACAAUUACUGCAAAAGCGAGCAUGGUUGUUAGAUAUAAGAACAUCGCAAAGUAACGGGUCUUGCUGUUUUACAAAAGCCUAUGGUCAUUAUGUAGAAGGAACAGGAUCUGUGUACUGUCCAUAUUCAGAAGAAUUAAUUAAAGAAACAUUUUCAGAAGCUAGCAAGCACAAUCAACAAUCGUUAAAAAUAUCAGAGACUCUAGAAAAAUUAAUGUUACGAUACUUUACACCUAGAGAAGUCUCCAGGUUAAUGUGUUUCCCAGAAAACUUUACCUUUCCAGAACAGAUUACACGUAAACAGAAAUAUAGAUUAUUGGGUAAUUCAAUUAAUGUACACGUAGUUAGCAGGUUGAUAUUUCUAUUAUAUACUGAGAAACAAAUUAUAUAAAUCCGUUCAUAAAAAUAUAUAUGAUUUUUUAAAUAUGUAUAUCCCUCGCUUGAUAUGAAAUAUCUCGGUGAAAAUAU